AUGGCGUCCAGGCAAAAUAUGCUGUGUACUCCGGGCGGUUUUGUAAAGGUUUUAAGUGUUUGUGUAAGUUUAUUGGGGUUGUGUUCGUCUGUUGGAGCAGAAAUACGAACAGCUGUUUUAGACGAACAGAGCGGACAGCUGUCUGUCGUCGACGGCUUUCAGGAGGACUUUGUAGCCUGGGCAAACUUUACAGACAGCAUCACAACAACAGGCUGGUCCUUCCUGGAGAUCACUACCAGCAGCGAAUACAAUGACAGCAUUCAAGCAUAUGCUGCCGGUGCGGUCGAGGCUGCAGUUACAUCAACGCUCAUCUAUAACCAAUGGAUGAACACCCUGGUGGGUUAUUGUGGGCCCUUCAUGUCUGAGAGUGGUUACUGCGAGCGCCUAAAGGCUUUCAUCACAAUCAACCUGCAGUGGAUACAGACUGUAAUAGAGUCAGAGCCAACUUCACCCUACUGGUACCAGGUGCGUCUGGUGCUGCUACAGUUGAAAGGUCUUGAGGAUAGCUACAAUGACCAGCUAUUAUUUCCAACAGGAACCUUUUCACUCAAUCCACUUGGCUUCCUACUUUUCCAAAUGGGUGGGGAUCUUGAAGAUUUGGAAUCAGCUCUAAAAAAAUCCCACAAAAGUCAACCCCUUGGUUCUGGCUCCUGCUCUGCUCUCAUUAAACUGCUGCCAGAAAAUAAGGAUCUGCUUGUGUCACAAGAUUCCUGGACAAACUACCAGUCCAUGCUGCGCAUAAUGAAGAAAUACAACUUUGCUUUUCAAACGUCCCUUUUAGACAAUAAUCCACUUCCUGGAAGAAUUCAGGCCUUCUCAUCUUACCCUGGAUCAAUUUUUUCAGGAGAUGACUUCUACAUUCUGAGCAGUGGCUUGGUUACAUUGGAAACCACCAUUGGCAACAGCAACGCUGACCUCUGGAAGUUUGUUCAGCCCACAGACUCUGUUAUGGAGUGGCUGCGGAACAUUGUUGCUAAUCGACUGGCUGCCACUGCCAAAGAAUGGGCAGAGAUAUUUGGAAAGUUCAACAGCGGAACAUACAACAACCAGUGGAUGAUUGUGGAUUAUAACCACUUCACGCCAGGAAAGACUGACAUUAAAGAGGGCCUUUUUGUUGUGUUGGAGCAGAUUCCGGGACUUGUUCUCUUUGCUGAUAAGACUCAAGAACUAUUGAAGAAAGGCUACUGGGCCAGUUACAACAUACCGUACUUCGAGGACAUAUUUAAUGUCAGUGGCUACAAUGAGCUGGUGAAAAAGUAUGGCUCGUGGUUUACCCUGGAUCAGAAUCCUCGUGCUCAGAUAUUCAAAAGAGACCAGACACGUGUUACGGAUUUGGACUCCAUGGUCCGUCUCAUGAGGUAUAAUAACUUUAAAGAAGAUCCAUUAUCAAGGUGUGAGGAAUGUAAUCCAUCUGAAAAUGGAGAGAACGCAAUCUCAGCCCGUUCAGAUCUGAAUUCAGCUAACGGAACAUAUCCAUUCGGUGCCUUAAUGCAGAGAUCACAUGGGGGAAUAGACAUGAAGAUUACCUCCUAUGACAUGUAUAAAGGGUAUGGCAUUCUGGCAGUGAGUGGGCCAACCUGGGACCAGCUGCCCGUCUUCCAGUGGAGCACUUCCCCUUACAAAGACUUGAUGCACAUGGGUCACCCUGAUAUUUGGAAUUUCAAGCCUAUAAAAGUCACCUGGAAAUCUUAAACACAGAACUGGGCUACACAAAGAUUUAUAACUACAAAAAAAUAGAGAUUAUAAACACUAUUGAUUGUCUCAGUAAUUAAAAUUUUUAAAUUGCAAUGUUUCGCUAUUUGCUUGGAUAACAGGAAUAAGAAUUUUGAGUCUCAGGCAAUUGACCAAGAACUAAAAGUCAUUGAUGUGAAUGUCUAUAACUGAUUUUUUUUCCUGAUUUUUUGUUAGAGUUUUAUCAAUUUUAAUGUUCUGGGUUUGUGAUUUACCCCUUUAAGCUGCAUAAGCAAUACAUUUUUAACUUCAGCUGUUUUUUGUUGAUCAGUAUGGUUUUGUUUUGUAAGUUUAUGCAAUAAAAAUGUACUUAAAAAAUUAAAGGUUAACGUUAAUGUUACAGUAUGUUUUGAUUUUGACAAGUACUUGCCGUAAAUCGGAUUGAAAUUUAAUUUUGAAAAUAUAUAUUUUUAAUGUUUUUCAGCACUUGCCAUGUUACUACAUUUAAUUUGAAUCAUUCAAAAUAAAUAAAAAAUC